UAUGGUGGAGACCGGCUUUUACUGGCAGGAAACACAAACAGAGGAAAACAUUAUUUUUUAAAAUACAACAUUUUAUUUUGUGAUUUUCUUUAUCUUGAUACAGGCUGGAAGAGGAUUCUGGAGGAUGCUGACAUGAUGCAAAGGUGACUCAAAGGGGGCUUGAGUGGUGUUCGGAAGUCCUGGGAUAAUUAUAUUCACACAAAAAAAUUCACUCUUCUGCAUUAGUUAAAUCGAAGACGGUAAGGACGGCGAAGGUGAAAGACAGGAGCAAAUUUCAAAGGACAGUGCUUAUUUCCCCUUCUCAUGAUGAGAUGUUAAAGCUUCAAAACAGUAAAUAUCAUAUGCUACUUAUAACUGGACUGGCUUUAAAUGAGAGGUAAUGCUCUAAAUGAAAAGGAAAAAACAUGGCGACAUUUCAGAUUCCUGCCCCUCAUCUCUUAGCUUUAAUCAAAUGAACGCUACUUUUGAUUAACAAACUCUUUGGGAAUAAAAAAGGUUGUUGCCAGUUGUUGGCAGACAUGAAUGACAACGUGAGCUCCAGAAUCGACACCCCAACCAACAUCUCUCUGACUCCCAGCGCCGCUGUCUCCGAGUCGCUGGAGUACAAGACGGUGUCUGUGUUCCUGGUCCUGCUGGUGUGUGGCGUGGGCAUCGUGGGCAACAUCAUGGUGGUCCUUGUGGUCCUCACCACACGCCACAUGAGGACACCCACCAACUGCUACCUGGUCAGCCUGGCCAUAGCUGACCUGACGGUGCUGGUGGCGGCCGGGCUUCCCAACGUGUCAGACAGUCUGACAGGCACGUGGGUUUUUGGCCAUGCUGGCUGCCUGGGCAUCACCUACCUUCAGUAUCUGGGCAUCAACGUGUCCUCUUGCUCCAUCACCGCCUUCACUGUGGAGAGGUACAUAGCUAUCUGCCAUCCAAUGAAGGCUCAGACAGUGUGCACAGUGUCCCGGGCCAAGCGGAUCAUUGCUGGGGUUUGGAUCUUCACCUGCGUCUACUGCAUGCUGUGGUUUUUCCUGCUGGACAUUCAGGUCAGCCAGGAUGGACAUGUCCAGUGUGGCUACAAAGUGAAACGGGAGCUCUACCUGCCCAUCUACCUCAUCGACUUCGCCAUUUUCUAUGUCAUCCCGCUGCUCCUCGCCAUCGUGCUGUAUGGCCUAAUAGCACGGAUCCUCUACCUCAGCCCUCUGCCCAACCAUCCCGACACCAGCGCCACCACGCUGCGGCGGAGCUGCCGGGAAGCCUCUGUAGCAGGGAAGGGGGGUCGCCAGGGCCGGCCAAAGAGCGCGCUCUCCUCCAGGAAACAGGUGACAAAGAUGCUAGCAGUAGUGGUGAUCCUAUUCGCUCUACUGUGGAUGCCCUACCGGACUUUAGUUUUGAUCAACUCUUUUGUGUCGACACCCUAUCUGGAUGCUUGGUUCCUCCUGUUUUGUCGGACGUGCAUCUAUGCCAACAGCGCUAUAAACCCUGUGAUAUACAAUGCCAUGUCUCAGAAGUUUCGCUCUGCAUUUCGUGGCCUUUACCGUUGCCAGCGGCCAGAGGGAAACCAGAGGCUGUCCAUGAUCCAAACCGGCUUCAGCACCGUCCGAGACAUCCGAACAUCCCAGGCCAACAGCAAUGGAACGGAUGAAAAAGCUAGCAGGGUCAUCCUUAGUACUGAUAUGACUACAAAGCAGAAUGGAAGUGGUCAUCAGGAGACAGCAGCAGUCAAUGGCAAGAAAGCAGACCACCCCCUCAACAUCAGUCCGCCUACUUUUAGCUUUGGUGUUGGUCCAGCUGGUGAUGAGAAGUCGGAUUGGCCUUCAUCAACUAAUACCACAGUUAAUUUUGACAGUCACACAACAAACGAUCAGCAGGAAAACGUGUAAAGAUCCACUUAGUACAAGUAAUGACAAAGAGAGAAGGGAGCUGUGACCUGCAUUUAUUUCAUGGUUCAAAAGUAGUAGACUUGACCACUGAGGUCACAUGUAGAGAGAGGAAGGAGGAUGGAGUAAAUGUCACACUGUGGUAUGGAAACAUUUCUUUGGACCACCAAAUCUUCUUUCAAAUGUUAGCUCAUGUAUAAAUGAGUUUGUAGAAGAGAAGACCAUGUGUUUUCAUUUAAAGCUCUUAUUAUCCGUGCCAGAUAUGGGCAGUUAAUGGGAGUCCCGGUACAUCUGGUUCUUGUCCCUUACUUCUUAUUGAAUGCCACCACUGAGGUCACCAGUAUUUUUUUUUACAAGAAAGAAAUCGUGAAAUGUCUAAAAAUAACAACUUUGAUGCCCCAAAACCAUCUAGCAAGUUUAGUUUUUGGACCUCUGUAUUUCUAAAACCCCGUGUACAGCAAUGCUGCUGAGGUUCUCGUACACAAUGGUGUAACUGUGUCUCUGUGUAAACAUGUAGCUAGCUUAAUACUAAGAAAUCAGCACUGAAAAUGUCCUUGUCAAAGAAGAUAAAACAUGGCAAAGGAGUUAUGGUUAGGGUUAUGUUGUGUAAGUUUUAGGACUGUGCUGAAUUAGGGUAACAACACCUCUUUUGGUCCAAUUCAGACACUGCUUGUUAUUCUACAUUUUUACCCUCCAAAAAUACACAGAGCACUGGUUCUCAUACGGACCCCAGACCACAAUGAAUUCCUAUAAUCUCUUUAACCUAGCGAUGUAAUAAAGGUCAUCUAUUAAAUAAUGAACAUUUUGCUUUACAAAAGUCUGCAUAUAAUGCAAUUAAAAUUAUUUGUCCUAUCUAGUGCCUCCAAUUAUUAUGCUUCAGUGGGAUACAGUUUAAUAGUAAAAAAUAAAGUCAUGGUAACAAUGGCUUUAAGAGCAACACACUUUGUCCGGUACGUACAAGCACAUAUUCAAACUUGAGCAAAAGAUCAGUACAGUUUAGUUUAGAAGAUUCUGCAGUACAGCCACACAGUGUUAAGGUUCAGGGUAGAGGGUAUUUAAUCCACUCUAUACACUGUAUAUUUUGACCUUUGUGUUUUAUUUGAAAGUCUACAAAAUAUAGUGAUCAGAGGAAAAUGACGGGGCAUGAAAUGCAAAAUAUGACUUUACACCGAACACUAGAUUGAGAAUCUUUACCUGAGACUGCACAUUUCGGGUAAUUAUGUCAAUUGUUUUUAUUUCCAAAGGAGCUGGGACUAUGGAGACGUUUUGUUACUUACUACUUACUAAAGUGACUGAGUAAGUGACAUCUAAACCCCUUGAGAAGGACGUGGCGUUUUGGAGACAUGGUCUUCUUUUGCUUGAUUAUUUUUAACAAACACGACGAUGGUCACAUAUUAGUGCGAGCAACACAAGCCUGAGCUGGACAGAUAUGGGACUAAAGAAGUACAGAUCUGUUGAAUCCAAUGUGUUGAUGAAAGUAUAUAAAAUCAUCAACAUAACCAACAUUUAUUAUCACCUUCAUCUCCAUAACCACUAUUUAUUUUUAUCAUUAUCAGUGUUAUCAUUUUCAAUAUCAUUCAUAUGAAAAACAACAGUAAUCAGAAUCAUCAUUUAGUACUACACAUUCACAUUUUUUACAUUCCUGUACAUAUUCUUAUAAAUAGUACAAGGCUUGUCUGACCUAAGCUGACAACCUCUGGUUGGUUGACAUGAACACACAGCCAGCUUUAGUGGGUGUGGAAAACGUGGAGACACUGGCUUCUUGUUUGUUUGCUCCUUUGUAUGGAUAAAUCUGUGAUGUGUAAAGUAUUUUGAUAGUUUGAUAUUUUUAGAUUUUGUACAUGAAAUGGACAGUGGACAUUUUCUGAAUUCAACAAGAUUAAAAAAGUCUGAGCUGUUUUCCCCUAAAAUGUAUUGUCAGAAUGCUUUUGAAAUAACCGAAGACAUCUAAUAGAGUGCAUUUUUGUAGUCCUAACCGGCAUCGCCCACGGUUCCUUGCCAAUGUGAUUUUUCCAUUGCAGAAAAUAACAUUUUAUAAUAUAUAUAUAAAAUAUAUAUUAUAUAUAAUAAAAUAUAAAAAUAAAUUUUGUUCAGCAAGAUAACUUUCGCUAAUGAACACCACCUUUAGGACUUUUAGGACACCACGACUAAACUUCACACUUAGUACACUUACUCUACAAGUUGUAAAGUCAGUGAGUCAGAAUAGUUUGCAAGAGUAUAAACACAACAAGGCUGUAAAGGCGGACUAGUGAGGAGAUCAGUCUCUGUGUUUUAAUGUCACCGACACACUCUGUAGUCUCAUUUAGACACUUGUUAUCAACUGCUGUUUUUAAGACGUUAAAACUUCAAAAUUCACAGCUGGGGUAUUUACUGAUAUAUUUUAUGUCAUAGAAAAAAACAUGAAAAACCAGAAAACCACGUCCUGGAAAACAUGGAAAAUCUAUAAAGUUAGAGACUAGUUUUCCCGUCACACCUGGAAAUUGAUUAACCAAAUUGAUGACCAAAUAUCCUGGAAAUAAUCGUUCAUCCUUGUCAUUUUUAAUUGCAUUUUAGCCUGUGUUGUGGCCAACUUAAUGUUAUACUUAGAGGAAAACUUUAGUCAAUUCAGAAAAUGGGGAGAAAAAAAGACCUGGAAAACAAUGUCUUGAAAAGAAUUGGGUUCCCCUAUAUAAAGCAUCUAACCAGGAACCCAUUCAGAAAACCCAUUGACUUCAACGACAGGGAAGCGGAAGUGCUAAAAUGUAUGUCUGUAAAUUAGGUUCUAAAGUCAAGAGUCAGAAGAUGCAUAUUCAGACAUUUUACCAGUUUUGAAACCAGUCCAUUGAUAUAUUAUGUUUGGGUUUACUGUCAUGAAUUAUACAUUAAAUAAAUGCAUGCAUUAUAGCUAUCAUUUGAGGUACCACACCUUGAAUAGAACAUUUUGGUUUUUGCUGUCUUACCCAGGAUCAGAGGAGAAGAUUGACACAGAAGCCCAGCUUGUGUAUAGCCUAGCUUAGCAUGUUUUCUUAGCCUCACAUGUAUCCAAUGCUAAGCUGGACAUGAGAGACGACCAGCCAGCCUAUUUUUUAUAUUUAUACAUACAUUGUAUUCAGUUUUUCUCUGAUAAUAGACUCUUUUUCACGUCUGACAUUUUGAGAUGAAAUGGUAGGGUAACGCAAGUGUUAUAAACGUGUGCUUGUAAAACUAAUCAAGGUUCCAUUCCAUUUAGUGUAGCAGAGCCUUUCCAGUGAGCCAACAUGCACAAUAGCAGAACCCUGACUCUGUUUUACCUGAAUGGAACUGAAUCCUAAUUAACGGUAAUGCAUGUGUUUACCCAACUAUCUCAUGUCAGAAUGGCUGCUGUGAAAAAAGCCUAUUGUUAAUAAAGCAACUCUCUGUGCUUCCAGUCUUUGUACUAAGCUAGACUAAACAAGUUCUGGACAUAGCUGUGUUCUGGAUGCCAAAUUUGGCGUAGCAAAGUCAUGACCUGGAUCUGGGGGUGGCUGUGGCUCAGAGGAAGAGCGAGUCGUCCACUAAUCGGAAGGUCGUUGGUUUGUUCUCCGGCUCCUCCUGCCACAUGUAGAAGUAUCCUUGAGCAAGAUACUGAACCCUUAACUGCUCCCGAUGCUAUGAAUUGGUAUGUGGAUGUGUAUGAAUGUGUCUGUUCGAUGGGCUUUGCCAUCACUGAGUGAAUGUGUGCGUGUGAAAGGGUGAAUGUGGCACAUAGUGUAAAAGUGCUUUGAGCGGUCUGAAGACUAGAAAGGCGCUAUACAAAUACAGGUCCAUUUACCAUUUACCAUUUGAUUAGCUAGUACUCAUUGCCUUCAUUGGUUUUGGAAUGAGAGGUGGGAACGGGUAGGGUUAUGGUAAGCCAAUCAGUAAGGUGGAUCGUGACUCAUCCUGGGGAAAAAAUAUCAUGUACUGGACAUGGAUGAAGCUGAUAUCAGUCUUCACUGACUCUGGGGAAGAUGGCUGUGUUGUUUAUUGCUACUUGAAGUGUUAUUGUGUGUUUCUGCAUAUUUAUUGUUAGCUGUAAUGACUGCUUUUGAUAAAGAACAAGUUUUAAAACAAAACAAUUCAAAAAAUGCAAUGAUUGUUUUUUCUGUACCAGUAUUUUGUGGAGGAAUACAACAGGUUUUGGGGAACUUGUAUGGAAAAAAGCAAUGGCCAUAAAAGUUUAAAUCUUAUAAGCAACUGGAUAUGUAAUUGUUAAAUUGAAUCACUACUACUGCUGAAAUAUGUUGUUAUAAGUAGACCUACUGUAGAUCUAUUUUAAAUGUCUAAUUACAUAAAUUUUUUUAUUUAAAUCUAGCAGUACUGUAUCUAUGAUUUGAAUAUUCUACAAUUCAGUGUUCUAAAUUAAAGCUGCGGGAGGUCGUUUUUAUAAAAAUAACCUUUUGUAAUAUUUUCUGAAACUUUCACUUUUACAGAUAAUCUGUGAAAAAAUCUGCUUCCUCUGGCUCCUCCUAGUGCUCCUAAUAGUAUUUGCAAGAAUCCACCGGGCCUGAAGGAAAACAACCAAUCAAAGCAGAGGUAUCUUUCUGUGCUCUGAAAGAUGCUUUGGGUUGUAAGCUUGAAGAUAGUUGAUUGUUGAAUCUCAUUCCCAGAGUCCCAAAGCAUCUGUAUUUGUCACCCUGGGAAUGAGACUCAACAAUCAACUAUCUUUCUCAAUUCUUAAUGGUUGUUUUUGUGAUUGUUUCUCAGAUUAACUGUCUCAUGUACUACUGUCAGGAUAUAGUGAAAGUUUUAGCAAAUAUGACAAAAAGUUAUGUUUAUAAAAAAGACCUACUGCACAGUGGUAUUCAGUUACUUAUAGAUUCAAGUCUUUAUGGCAAUUAUUUGCUUCCAUAAACCUCUCCCAUAAGUCGGCUUACCCUUUAAUUGAUGAGAACACUAGUUGCCAUGUGUCCCAGCAGAUUCUUGGCUCCAUCAUGCUAAUACCUUUGCAGCUUAGCAUACACAUGUACAUUGUAUACACCAUAUUGGGUGGUUCUUUAAUGUGAGAAAGUGGGUGUAAAUAACGUUUCCCAUUAAACUCAAUCAGUGUGUGGCUUUAUUAGCUGAUGGAACUUUAUUUUUUAGAUUUUUGAUUUAUUUUUGCAGCAGUAUAUUUGAGCUUUUUCUAAAUGUAAUAUAUGCGUAUGUAGCAGUGCUGAUGUUUAAUGAAAAUAAAUAGCCCAAACUAAUUUACAGCUAUUAAAACCCUUAACUGCAUUAAAGGAUUUUUUGGGCCACUUGGGGAAGGCGUAACAAGCUGUAAAAACAACAUGACAUGAUCGUCCGACAAAGUCCCCAUCAUUUGCUGCUAAAUGCUAACUUUUUCUGUCUGCUGUUUGGUGUUGGAUACGUAGCAUAUAGUGAGUUUGUCAGAGCUGUCUUGCCAUCUGCAACUGUAUUGUAAUUACAAUGUGCCAAAAUAUAUGCAGAGUUUGUGAUAAUUCUUUGUGGGUUCAUCACUCGCAGCCUAUUUUCCCAUUACACAUAAUCAUUUCAUCCAUUGCUAAAAAUGAUUAGAUUGUAGCUUUAAAGUUCACAUUAGAAGGACAGUAACUACUUUCUUUUCUUACAAAACUGUAUCAUCAUACUGAAGUGAUGAAAGAUCCCUAAAGUGAAUGUCUCUUUGAUGAUAAGCUCUUCAUCUACAAACAACUUUUGCUUCCAUCACUCCAAUACACGUCCCCCUUCUGCCCAACCAUUGUCUUUUGGAUUCACGUGCUUUAGUGGGACUGCAAUUAAAGCUGAAUAGCACAUUAGGUAAAGGCAAAAGGGUAAACACUUGUUUUCUGGACAGAGCUGCAGUAUAAGCACAAAUGUUACUUUUUUAAUUUUCUGGUUGGCACUCUUUUAGUUUUUUGCUAUAUAAUGGUGGAACAAGUAAUUUUCAAACAAAACACAUAAAACACAUUUUAUUCGUAACCUUUUAGCAAUUUACUUGAUGUAAUUUUAAAAGAUUUAUUUCACUAUGUUGAUAUAUAUGUCUGGAUGUGUGUAUAUGUGUGUGGAGAUGUGCAUGCAUUGCUUACUGGCAGUUAGCUAUCAGAAGGAAGGGAUACUACAUACAUCCAGGUACAAUUUUUUUGUUUGGGAAGUCUGAUGGGUACUAGAGAGACAACCCAAUGACAUCUGCACCCUAGGAAACAACAGGAAUGAGAAUAUUUUAUUAUUUAUGUUAGGACAAAGCACAGUGGAUUGUCUGACAGUAGCAUCAUAGAGCUCCCUUGGACGUGCAUGUGUGUGUGUGUGUGUGUGUGUGUGUAAUUAUCUCAUUAUUUAGCCCUGGAGAGCUGCUGAUUUCUUGUGUUUUAAAUGUGCUGUAAUCACAGAUAUUCAAAUGUAUGGAUUUUUAAAGUGGCUCUGUCUGUAUUGUUGCAGCAAGAUGAUGGUUUUAUUGUUUUAAAAAAUAUGCAACGUGUUCUGGUCUGUGUUUUCAUAUUAUGCAUGUGCAGUACAGUGGCUUUCUUUUAGUGUUUUAGGAAAAGUCAAUAAAAAAAAUUGCUGAA